AUGGAUCCACCGUUCAACGAAAUAUACAAAACCCUCUUGUAUAACCAGAUCACAAACACACAAAACAAUGUUCCCAAAACACCCUUUAGCUUCUCUGUCACGGCCGUCGUAGAAGAGGUGGAGCUUCCGGUGAUUGACGUCAGCCGUCUUAUCGAUGGAGCCGAGAAGGAGAGGGAGAAAUGCAAGGAAGAUAUUGCGAGAGCUUCGAGAGAGUGGGGAUUUUUCCAAGUUAUAAAUCAUGGAAUAUCAGUGGAUGUGUUGGAAAAGAUGAGACAAGAGCAAAUUAGGGCUUUUAGAGAGCCUUUUGACGAGAAAAGUAAGUCGGAGAAGUUCUCUGCCGGGAGUUACCGGUGGGGAACGCCGACAGCCACUUGUCUCCGGCAGCUUUCUUGGUCAGAAGCUUUUCAUGUUCCCAUGACAGAUAUUUCUGACAACAAGGACUUCACUACCCUCAGGUACAUGAAUAUUGUUAUUAACUAG